AUGCGACUUGGAGUAUUGCCAGAGAUCUCAGAAACACCCGAACGUGAUAACCACGCUGAAGUCAGACAAAAUGAUGCCUUGUAUAAGUUGAAGUCGAAAAGAUACCACGACAAGCGCAGAAAUGUGAGAAAGUCCAGAAUUGCUGUUGCAGACAAGAUUCUCAUGAAAAACAAACGGACAGAUCCACUUAGCGCGAUUCCUGGUAAAGUGAUCAAUAUACGUGGAAACGCCGUGACAGCCCGAUUUGAUGAGGGGACGUUUUUAUGCGAGACAAGUCACAUUUCAAGAUUGUACGAGAGCGAUCUUACGUCGAAGAACGAGAAAGAGUACGAGGAGAACAAACGUUUCAAGACAACAUACUCAACCAGAGCAGAAUCGAUCUGA